GGAAGUUGCUAAUCGUCAAACUUAACACAAAUAGAGGAACACUAGUGUUCCUCUAUUUGGGGGUAAAAUAAAAAUAAUGUGAUCUAGCAUGUAAACGAAACUGCCAGAUAUGCAAAACUAUAAUGCUGAUUUAGAGAUAUAAGCAACUGUCUUCGUUCACACAAGAAAAGGGAAGGACGUGUAGAUAUUCGCUACAUACUUAAGUGUACGAGAGAUAGGCCUAUUACCACUGAAAAUAUUGUAGGCUACAAGGCUGGAAUUGUGCUUUCAAGGUAUUUAUCGUAACAGACCUUAGGUGGUGACAAGGCCACACAGAUAGACCUAACCUUUCGAGAACGUAUACGGUUGGUUUGCACGUGAAAUAUCGGCACGUUCUUGAAUGGCUUCAGAGCUGGUAGACGGAACAGGAGAGCUGGAGGAGUCCGGGAAUGCUAAUUGGAUGUCUAAACUACCUGAAAAACUACAGGCAACAACGCUGUGGGAGCUGGCUAUACCUGGCAGCCAUGACACAAUGUGCUACGACUUGGACCAAACCUCCCCUGUCAUGGAACCGGACACUCUGGUUAAGCUGGACCAGCUGUUACCCUCCGUGGUGAGGCCAAUCAUCUACAGAUGGGCCACAACCCAGGAAUCUGGAGUCACAGAGCAGCUGAAUCUCGGGGUUCGUUUCUUUGAUCUGAGGAUUGCCCACAAACCUGACGACAGCAGCAACACACUUUACUUUGCACACGGCCUUUUCACCCACAGCACUGUGGAGAGUGUCCUCAGUGAGAUCCACAGCUGGCUGGAGAACCACUCGAAGGAGGUUGUGAUCUUGGCCUUGUCCCACUUCCACAACCUGAGUGUAUCCAACCACGACCACCUUGUGUCAUUCAUCAAGACGCUGUUUGGAUCCAAACUGCUUCCUCGACAGGACCUCCCUACGCUGCAGACCUGCUGGGAGUCUAAGAAGCAGGUCAUCAUCUCCUACGACUUCUUGAGGGCCUCUGACCAGAACCUGGAGCUCUGGCUGUCUGUCCCGUACCACUACGGCGACACUCUGGACCCAGAGAAGGUGAUAGCAGUGCUGGAUCAGAAGCUUCAGGAAGGAAGACCAGCUCGGUUCUUCAUCUCGGGACUAAACCUGACGCUGCCUGAAAGUCCAGAGGAGGUGUUGAAGCACGUGCUGGGCUCCUUGCGUGACACCACGCUGCCGAGUCUGCCUCGCCUGCUGGACUGGGUGAAGAGGCAGACUCCAGGACCAGGAAAGACCUGCAUCAACAUCAUCUGCUCCGACUUCGUGAACCAUAUGAAGUUUGUUCCCCUCAUCAUCAAACUCAACGAUAAACUUCUGUCACAAGAGGAAGACUCCACCACCAGUUCAUCUGAUUCUGAAUACUGAAACUGGAGUCACAGUUUGUGUGUAGAGGUUAUAAGUUGUAAUACUUCAAACCCUGCCUCCUCUCUUUGAGAUAACUGUCUGCUUUAUUUACACAAAUCUGCUAACCGCGUAGAUUCUUUUUCUGUUUAGUUUGAUGAUUGAAUAUAGCCUGUCAAAGUUGUCGCUUCAACAAAUAAACGAUCACUCAAUGGUGUUUCCUCCCACA